AGAAAUCCCCCUUAAGAGCCGCGAAGACGUUCCUCUGCAGCAGCGCCUCAGGAGCUAGCGCCCCUAACAUGAGACUGCCGCUGCUCGUGUCCGUGGGAAUCCUGCUCGUGGCACUCCUGCCCUGCACACCAUGCAGGGCCCUCCUCAUCCGCGGGCCUGGCCCAGGCUCCCGGCAGCUCCCCCAACCCACGGUUUUCUUCCAGCCGCAGCUGCAGCCCCAGCUGCAGCCCCAGCAGCCCCAGCAGCCCCAGCAGCCCCAGCAGCCCCAGCAGCCCCAGCAGCCCCAGCAGUUGCAGUCUCGGCCAGUCCAGCUCCGAAUGGGGGAGGAAUACUUCCUCCGCCAGGGCAACCCCAAUAAGAGCACCGCUGCUCCCUCCUGGUCUGCCUCUGCGCCUGUCGCGGGCGGUGGCGGCAGGCGCCCCUCGCCGGACCAGGUAGCCGACAACUUUCUUCGCGUGUUGCUGCAGCAGCGGUCGCAGCGCCGGCGCCCGCUGGACAGGCUUUCGGGCCCCGCGGGGCGUGGCACUGAGAGCGCCCUCCGCGGUCGCUCGGAGGCACCAGAAAAGGAGAGGCGAUCGGAGGAAGCUCCCAUCUCGCUGGAUCUCACCUUCCACCUCCUCCGAGAAGUCUUGGAACUGGCCAGGGCCGAACAGUUAGCGCAGCAAGCUCACAGCAACAGGAAACUGAUGGAGAUUGUUGGGAAAUGAAACGGUGCGUCUGGCUGUUGCCCUAAAGAUUCUGCAUUUAGCACAAAAAUAAAAAAUAUACAGUAUUCUGUACCAUAGUGUUGGUUUAAUAUCAUUUGUUUAUUUUUAUAUAGCUUGAAACGUAGAGGAUGUACAGCAAGAGCGCCUCUACUCCUUAAUUAGCAUGCACAAAGUGUAUUCAUGCGCAGUAAUAGCAACGAAAUGGUAUUUGUAUUGUCUACUUUUAGUUUCCAUUUCCAAAUGUCUUUAAUGGUGAUUGAAAGAGUAUAGACCCAGGAGGAAACAUUUUGAAGAAGCAGACAGAAGUCACCCAACUGAUUUUGUUUGGCAGCCCAAGCCAAAGAGAAUGUCGUUCUCUUGGGUGGGUGAGAGAAAACCUGUAAGCUCUUUGAAUCAACUUUUCCUUGUAAAUGUUUCAGUAAUAAAACCACUUUACAAUCCUUGGUCAAUUUGGUUGUGUAAGAGAAUGUUCGAUAAUUAUAUU